AGCUUUCCACAACUACCUUACGGAUGACAGCCUUCGUCUCUUGUUUACAAUUGCAACCAUUGCCAACUGCCCAUCGAGUGUGAGGUUUCGUCUUCAGGCUAGCAUUGUCGUUUGGCCAUUUUCCACGCCAUCACCAUGCACGCAGCACCAGCAGCCCGCAAUGCUCUCCGGGCCGUGAGGCCCAUGGCCUCCCGCUUCCAACCGAGCGCCCUGCCCCGAAUCGCCCGUAACUUCUCGGCGUCCGCCCGCCGCAGCUACGAGUACAUUGAGGUGUCAGAGCCCCGGCCGGGCGUUGGCCAAGUCACGCUCAACCGGCCCAAGGCGCUCAACGCGCUGUGCUCGCCGCUGAUCGCCGAGCUCAACACGGCGCUGCGCGCCUUCCAGGCGUCGCCGACCGUCGCGGCCGUCGUGCUGACGGGCUCCGAGAAGGCCUUCGCGGCCGGCGCCGACAUCAAGGAGAUGGCGCCGCUGACCUUCAGCGAGGCCUACACGGGCGCCUUCAUCGAGAGCUGGUCGGACCUGACGACGGCGCUCAAGAAGCCGCUGAUCGCGGCCGUGUCGGGCCACGCCCUCGGCGGCGGCUGCGAGCUGGCGCUGAUGGCCGACGUGCUGUACUGCACCGCCACCGCCAACUUCGGCCAGCCCGAGAUCAAGCUGGGCACGAUCCCCGGCGCCGGCGGCAGCCAGCGGCUGACGCGCGCCGUCGGCAAGAGCCGCGCCAUGGAGCUGAUCCUGACCGGCCGCUCCUUCAGCGGCGAGGAGGCCGGCCGCUGGGGGGUCGCCGCCCGCGUGUUCCCCACCUACGAGGCGCUGAUGGAGGGCGCGCUCGACACGGCCGAGACCAUCGCCGGCUACUCGCGCGUGGCCGUGCAGGCCGCCAAGGAGGUGGUCAACAAGAGCCAGGACCUGGCGCUGCGGGACGGCGUCGAGUACGAGCGGCGCGUGUUCCACAGCCUGUUUGGGAGCCAGGACCAGAAGAUCGGCAUGAAGGCGUUUGCGGAGAAGAAGAAGCCCGAGUGGAGCCACCAGUGAUGCGGGCACGAGAUAUGUAGACACACACACACACACACAGACGGGUAGUCAGA